AUGCAAAUUAUUGGGCUUCCAGACAGAGCCAGACAGUCGCUAUUGAACUUGACCAAGAGACAAACUUCAGAGCAUUCUCAACUGCGGGGGGGGCCAGGGGCCCGGGAGCUCAACCGGCCCGGCCCGCCCCGCGCGGCGGCGAAGUGCCCGCGGGUGACACCGAGCCCCCAAGCGGAGAGCCCCGCUGCGCGGGCGCUGCUGACAGCGCGGAGAGCGGCCACUGUCCGCCCGGGGAAGUCCGGAGAGCGGCUGCAGCGAAAAGGAGGCGGCGGAGAGAGGAGGACGUGCGCUCCGCUUCGCUCGCACCGGUUGCUGAACUUGGGCGAGCGCUAGCCGCGGCUGCCGGGCCCCCUCCCCCUCGCAGCGGAGGAGGGGACAGUCUUCCGAGUCGGGGCGGUGGACACCCGCCGCCGGCCGGCCACCGCGGGAUCCGCGCUCCGUACUACCACGGGGAAGCGAGUUCGUCCGCGGGCUCUGAGGAACCGCUGCGCUCGAGAGAGCUCCGUGAGUGACCGCGACUUUUCAAAGCCGGGCGGCGCGCGCGAGCGGACUAUUAAGAGCGCGGGUGGCGUCUUAACCCUGCGAUCCCCCGGACCGAGCUGGUGA